AUGAAAAAUGUCUUGUAUUAUAUAGAUAUCUCAAAUUUUAUUGAAAACGAAGUAGUUGAUUUAGAAAAUAUCGAAGAAUUUAAUAAUAUCGAAGAAGAUAAUUAUGAACUUGAAACUGAACUUGCAAGUUCAUCUAUAUCCGAAAUUGAAUCUACUAUAUCCGAAACACAAUCAAAUAUUCCUUGUUUGGAAUUACAGGAGUAA